AUGUCUCCAGCACCUCUCUCAGAGUCCCGCGAUCCUCUCCUCCCCCUCGCCUCCUCCUCCUCAUCAUCCGCAGCCCGAGCUCAUCGGUCCAAUUCCUUCGGCGAACAUCCCGACGACUUUGAACUCGAAAACAUAUACGUAGACGACUUAAAAACCCAUUAUAACUCGGACGACCCGGCCACUCCUUCCUCCCCAAUGGCUCGGAGUCGUAAAGAUCGCCAUCACGACAACGACCGAUCGUCCUCGGCAAUUAUGAAUUCAUCCUCGUCCGUCGAGUAUCGGCGGAAGAACGCUUCGGUGGAUGACCAAGAUCUGCUAUCGCCCUCCAUGCAGACGGAAGCCUUGUUACAACGGGAGUCCUUCUCCCUCGACGAUGACCACGAGAAGCAGGCCUCCGCGUCGCUGAAAGAUCUAUCGCCGCAGGAUCAGAGGAACUUUGCUUUGCUGGUUCUACUCUACUUUCUACAGGGUGUUCCCAUGGGUUUGGCGAUGGGUUCAGUUCCUUUCUUGCUAAAGGGUACGCUCUCGUAUGGGGAGAUUGGUGUGUUCAGUUUGGCUUCCUAUCCUUACUCCAUGAAGCUGCUAUGGUCGCCCAUAGUCGACGCGAUAUGGAGCAAGAGAAUGGGGAGGCGGAAGAGCUGGAUCGUGCCCAUACAAGCCCUCAGUGCUAUAAUGUUGUUGUGGUUAGGAGCAAACGCGGAUAGACUUAUGGCCGAGGCCAGUAGCAAACUGUACACUUUUACAUUUGUCUUUUUCUCACUGGUUAUGCUUUGCGCGACGCAGGACGUUGCUGUCGAUGGUGAGUUUUCCCCUGGAUCUGGCCUUCCCCGGAUUCAGGAAAGGCCCGUGUGCUAAGACGGGCAUCCUGCAGGUUGGGCCUUGACUUUGCUCUCCGUUGAAAACCUCUCUUAUGCUUCAACCGCCCAGACAGUCGGUCUCACCGCUGGUCAAUUUCUUUCGUUCACCGUAUUCUUAGCGUUCAACUCCCCGGACUUUGCAAAUCGGUAUUUCAGAACGACGCCAUCCGACACCGGAAUCUUCACCCUGGGCGGAUAUCUCACAUUCUGGGGGUGGGCAUACCUCAUCGUGACCCUCGGAUUGGCAGCCUUCAAGAAGGAGGAAAGAACCAGCAACCGUGAUGGGCUGGUUAGCGUCUACAAGACCAUGUGGAGAGUUAUCAAGCUCAAACGUACGCUCCCCGCCUCCCGACAUCCCCUGCAUUAGUUGAGGGUAAUACCAAUGCUGACGAGCAAGCGCAGACGUCCAAACUUUCAUAAUAAUCCACCUGAUCGCCAAAAUAGGUUUCCAAGCAAACGACGCCGUGACCAACCUCAAACUCCUCGAGAAAGGUUUCACACAGGAAGAUAUGGCCCUAACGGUCCUGAUCGAUUUCCCCUUCGAGAUCGGCCUGGGCUACUACGCCGGAAAGUGGUGCGCAUACUUCCCGCCCAUGACUCUCUGGAUGUGGGCCUUCAUCGGCCGCCUGGUGGCCGCAGUACUAGCGCACAUCACCGUCUGGAUAUUCCCAAGGGGCGGCGUCGUCGAGUCGGGUUACCUCAUGGUUGUGAUCGCAGAACACAUAUUUUCAACAUUCACCAGCACGGUAAUGUUCGUCGCUGUAUCCGCUUUCCACGCUAAGAUUGCCGAUCCGGGGAUUGGAGGGACUUAUAUGACCCUGCUCGCAACGUAGCUCCCCCCCCCCCCCCUCUGUUCCCCUCCCCACAAUGCUAACUCCUCGAACAGCGUAAGCAACCUCGGUGGCACCUUCCCUAGAAUCUUUGUCCUAAAACUAGUCGACGCCUUCACAAUCGCGACCUGCACACCACUGGCCGAUGCCGAAACCCCCUUCGAACCCUUCUCCUGCGCCCUCGAGGGCGACAAGAAACUGUGCAAGACACAAGGUGGUAUGUGCAACAUAGAGCAGGAUGGAUACUACAUCACCAACGUGGUCUGCAUCAUCAUUGGCGUGGUCACAUUCUGGGGGUACAUUAAGCCCGCAGCGACGAGGUUGAGCGCGUUGCCGUUGAAGGCUUGGAGGGAAGCUAGUGGGUCCAGGUCACCGUAG